UUAUGUUCCUCAUUACCGCUAGAUGGCGUGUUGUUGCUAGGGUGUUGCUAGAGAAGCCACCCCGCGAAAAUGGCGGAUGCGGAAGCGAAUUGUCUGCUCCGCUGCAGUGUUGGCCUGACAGCAGAUGGUACUUGCGGAGUAUAUAGAGCAUAUCCCAAAGAAAACGGUUUAGAAACCCUGGGAUCAUGCUGUCGGGAUAUUUCUUCGCAUCUGCGGGAGGUGAAUCUAUGUGGUGGUCGGCAGACGAAGAGCCCCGCAGCAGACAGCGAGGGAAGUUUGAUUUCCUACCGAAUCGGCCUUUUCAGGUACGAUCCUUCACUGACAGUCUGUCCAUAUCAUCGCUACAGACUUGGCAUUCAUUGGAGACCAUCCAGGAAAUGUGUUUUCCCUCUCCAUCAAGGGUCACAGCUGCCGUAUAAAGGGGUGUCCGUCGACAUGAGUGAGACCCUAAUGAACAAGAUUCGAGUCCUUGUGCCUGCAGGUUCUGGAAUCUGUGUGAAGUGUUACAAUGUUUUCAACAGUACCUACAAGGAGGUUAACCAGUCAUCAAGUGGCCAAUCUUCACAACAAAUUACAGAUAAAGGAGAAGAUGUGUCUACAUCAAGAUCAAAAGCAUCAGAGAAAGAGAGUACCAACAGCCAUCUACGUGCGAGUGUACUCAGAGAAGUGCAGAAUAGCCCUGAAUGUGAUAGUACUUACAGUCAAGACUCUCAACCAUCACAAAUCUCAAAUUGGAGUUACGACAAGGAUUUGAGUUUGAAUGAUGUGAAUCAUACUCUAGAAACAUUGACAAGAGGAUCAUCCAGCCCAAUACGAGCACGCCUACAAAGAGAUAUUUCUUCAGUAACGAAAAGCACAGUAAAUUAUUACAAAAGAAAAGCAAAUGAGGCUGUUGAUGCUGUCUUAGAUAUGAUUGCACCAGGACAAUCCAGUCAACUGAAAAAAUUGAUCACAGAAGAUCCUCCUGAUAGAACCUCUUCAGCUGACCAUGACACCUUGAUAGACCUAUAUCAUCAAACUAUAGACAAUAAUUUGAGAGCCCAAAUAUUGGCCACUGUAUCCAAUGAUUUAAAAAAAUCUGAUCUCAUGAAGAAAAUUCCAGGUUUAACCAUCUACAAAAUUGACCAAUCAAGGUUAAUGUCAAAAUCUCAAAACGGAAUAUCUUUCCCCAACAAGUCCAAACGACGACGUCAUCGAAUGGACAAAGGUAAAUUGCAACAUGCAUUGGAUUUCUUUUUCGAUCCUUGUUUCAUGCAAGUUGUAUCUUUUGGGACAAGAAACAUAGAGUUGGACUCAGGCGAAAACAUUACCAUUCCUGAUGUUGUUAGAACCUCAUGUCAUUCUCAAAUAGUCAAGAUGUAUGAAACCUUGUAUAUGUGAGUGGCUAUCUUGAAAUAGUUAUGAACUGUGUUAAUGAAACUGAAACUGUACAAUGGGAUACUCAAGUCAGCGGGAGACAUG